AUGUCUUUAGAUGCAUACGCUGUCUUGGAUGCUUUCUCCGAUAUCAAAAACCGCACCGAUCAGUUCAUUGUUGCGAACAAUUUCGACAGCUACUCCGCUGAGUUCCUUCCGAGAUCCGAGGAGAUCGCGGUUGCAAUCUUUUGCAAUGCCCUCGAGGAGCUGGGUUGCGCAAUUCGUUCGGCAGCACCCGGAACGAAGCUUGAACGUGUCCAGCCCGUGGCAGAGCACAAUAAACUGGUGGAGCAUAUAUAUCGCAUCUUGGAGAGUAAAGCGGGCUUGAUCGUAGACGACGGCAAUCUCCUGACUCGCACUUCGAAACCUUGUCCUGACGGCGACGUUGGUUCCCAGUUGGAGGGCCUACUGCGCGACAGACCUGCCCAGGAUGCCGAGAUCAAGCUCAUGCAAGCGGUCGGGCAGAGCUACGGCAAAUGCCUCUCCGGCGAGGUCAAUCCCGUGGAGUUGCUCUUUGAAUCCCCGGAAAAUCGUUCGCUCUUGGACAAGCUCUAUGCUACUUCAGACGCGACAAGCAGCCUUCUGCGGCCGUUGGAAGCUUUUAUCCAAGAGGUGGUCAGCGGCUGGUCAGUGCGAGGCCAGCCUUUGCGAAUCCUUGAAAUAGGAGCCGGGACAGGCGGAACAACCUCAGUACUAUUACCGGCUUUGGCUCGUCUGGGCGUUUCCACGGUAUACACCAUGACCGACAUCAGUUCGAGCUUGGUGGCGCAGGCGUCCUUGACUUUCAAGGGGUACCCAUUCGUCGAGUUCCAGGUCCUCGAUAUUGAGAAGGCACCGCCACGGGCACUGCAAAGCAGCCAACACGUCGUCCUGGGCUCCAACGUCAUCCAUGCGACGGCAGACGUCCCGUCUUCGUUAAAGAACAUCCACAAGAUUCUGCGUCCAGAUGGGUUUCUUAUCUUCCACGAGUUAACAACGCAAAUGUCAUGGGCUGACGUGGUUUUCGGUCUGUUUGAGGGCUGGUGGCGAUUCAAUGACGGCCGACAGCACGCUUUGCAAUCACCACAGGCUUGGGCAAAGAUGUUGGAAGCGGCUGGAUACGGUCACACGGACUGGACCGACGGAUCCCGCCCGGAAGCAAAGCUGCAAAGUCUGAUCCUGGGCAUGGCUACUGACCCGGAGUAG